AUGGAGGAGCGCUACACUAAGGCGGAGACCCUCGCCCUGCGGAGAAAGCACAUCGGGCCUUCCUGCAAAAUUUUCUAUGCCAAGGACCCUCUGAAGAUAGUGCGUGCUCAGGGCCAGUAUAUGUUUGAUGAGAAAGGAGAAAAAUACUUAGACUGCAUCAACAACGUUGCACAUGUUGGCCACAGUCAUCCCUAUGUGAUAAAGGCUGCCACAAAACAGAUGGAACUGCUCAACACAAAUGCUCGGUUCCUACACGACAACCUUGUCCAGUACGCCCAGCGUCUCACAGCCACCCUGCCAGAGAAACUCUCUGUUUGCUACUUUGUUAACUCUGGGUCUGAAGCCAAUGAUCUUGCUUUACGACUGGCUCGGCAGUACCGUGGGCACCAAGAUGUGAUCGCUCUUGAAAAUGCUUACCAUGGCCAUGUUACAUCUCUGAUUGACAUCAGCCCCUACAAAUUUAAUCAGCUGGGAAAGGACAGCAAGAAGGAGUUUGUGCAUGUGGCUCCUUCUCCAGAUAUCUACAGAGGGAAAUAUAGAGAAGACCACCCAGAUCCAGCAAGUGCUUAUGCUGAAGAGGUGAAAAAGAUUAUUGAAGAAGCACAGAAGAAUGGACGCAAGAUUGCUGCCUUCAUAGCUGAAUCCAUGCAGAGCUGUGGAGGCCAAGUGAUUCCACCUGUGGGCUAUUUCCAGAAAGUGGCAGAGUAUGUGCAUGCUGCAGGUGGAGUGUUCAUAGCUGAUGAGGUUCAGGUUGGCUUUGGCAGAGUUGGGAAGCAUUUUUGGGCAUUCCAACUGCAAGGUGAAGAUUUUGUGCCUGAUAUUGUCACCAUGGGAAAGCCCAUUGGCAAUGGCCACCCUAUGUCUUGUGUGGUCACAACAAGGGAAAUCGCUGAAAGCUUUGGUGCCUCUGGACUGGAGUACUUCAAUACAUUUGGAGGCAACCCAGUGUCUUGUGCUAUUGGUCUGGCUGUGAUGGACAUAAUAGAAAAAGAAGAUCUCCAAGGAAAUGCUACACAUGUAGGAAAUUAUCUCUUGGAGCUGCUGGCUGAGCUAAAGGAGAAGCAUCCCUUAGUGGGAGAUGUCAGGGGUGUUGGGUUGUUUGUUGGAGUGGAUUUAGUGAAAGAUCGACAAAAGCGAACACCAGCCACAGCUGAAGCCCUUCACCUUAUUUACAAGCUGAAAGAGCAUCAGAUCCUUCUUAGUGCAGAUGGACCCCACAGAAACAUACUGAAAUUUAAACCACCAAUGUGUUUCACCAUGGAAGAUGCAAAACAUGCAGUGGAGACAAUUGAUACACUUCUCACAGAAAUGGAAGAGGCAACUGGAAUGAAGACAGAAAAUAAUGCCUCUACAAAAACACAGUAUAAAAGAAAAACAACUGAAGAGAGUUCUCAACCAGAAGGUGCCCAUGAAAGUAUCAGCCACAUGAAUGGAGCUGCCUGCAGGCAGGAGAAUGGCCUUUAUUCCAAAAAACACCCAGUGCCAAGUAAAAGAAUAAGAACAUGA